AUGAGAAUAAUCUAUUCUUGGUUGCUCGUCUCUAUCAUUUGUUUAGCCACUUCCAUAGUAACAAAAACACGAGCUGCAGGAGUGACUACACAUCUAUUUUAUUUAACAAGAGGUGCCCCCCUAAAUUUGAAAGAAAAUUAUUAUCCGUGGUUGAAAGCUGGCUCUUUCUUCCCGGAUGCUCUAUACUCAUGUGCACCUUCCAACAAGGAUUGGUCUGACUUUGCAGAAUUCACUCAUUGGCCCAAUUUCUUGAUGAUUGCGCUGUCUUACUGGCAGCAAAAGUAUGGCGAAAACCGUCAACUUCAGGAAUCUAGUGAUUCACUUAUGCUGAAGUCGUUUAUAAUAGGAGUAUUCACCCAUCAGAUAGUCGAUGUUUCUUGGCAUUCAUUAGUUACAGAUUAUAGACUGCAUGGUCUACUCCGGGUUCUCAGCGAAACUGAAUUUGAUGCAGAUAUUGAAACUGCUCAUACAUUCUUAGACGUGAUGGGUGAAUUCCUCACCUUAAAUAAUGCAGUUCGUGACACUGCUAAUAAUGAAAACUGGGAAUUUUUUGCUCAUCCAGAUUGGAAAUUGCCUAGAGAAGAGGAUAUAAUGGAAAUAAUAGGGAGAGCUGGACUCUCUAAGGAAAAACUCUCCUACGCAGAACUGGAUUUCUGCGUUAAAAGAGGUAUGGCAGCAACAGUCAGUGAAAGCUAUCUUUUCCGCUCUCAAAGGAAAAAACUAUUGAAUAAUAUUUACUCGACCUCCCCAAGAGCUAACGAUCUAAUACAGAACCAUUGGCUAGGGGGCCAAUCCAACUUGGUUGCAAUGCUCCAAAGAUGCGUUCCUUUCUUCGAGUCUUUGUUUCAUAGAGAAACUACUGAUGAAGCUCAAACAGAAGAGCUAAGAUUAUGCGCAAAUUUACCGCCAGUAUCACAACAAGAAAUGGAGACGAGUGCUUCAAAAUCUUUAAUAAAAGCUCGAAGAAAUAAUAAUCACAUUGUUAUAUCUCCGUUGAAACCGUUUUCCAAUUUUGGCACAAGUCUCACGUUAGGGAAGUUUCAAGAAAACAACAAAGAUUACCUUGCUGUUAGUGCUCCGCUUGAAAAUUCCGUUGGUGCAAUAUACUUGGUACCGUGGGAUAUUGUAUCAGUAACAAACAAAGAGGAUUUUAACGUUUUACAACCAAUUACUGCCAUGUACGGCUCAAAAGUUGAUACAUACAGCGUAGGGGAUGUUGACUACUUGAUUGUUUCAGAGCCUGGUACUUGUAGGAUCGAUUUCUAUCUUAAAGGAGUAAAAAUCUUAACAAUCGAGGAUACUACCACCGAAGAAGCGCAUCAAUUAGAAGUGGCUUUAACGGCAAUCUUCGAUGGCGAUACGGUUCCCGAUUUGAUAGUAUCAAGCACAAGCUAUGGAGUAAAUGAAACUGGAAUCGCAAAAUUUAUACCGGGAUCUGCCAUAAUAGACCAUUUGGUUAGUUCAGAUAAAUAUCAUACAGUUGAUAUUUCAUCUUUUAAGGGAAUUGUCUGCCUUGAUGGUUAUCCUAUGAAAAUACCAUUUCAGCACUUCGGGGCAACAAUUCAAAUGUCCAACAGGAAUAGCAAGCAAAAGCUAAUUUACAUCACCUGUCAAAGUCUCGGUACUGUUUUUGUUUAUUUGCGCGAUGAUUUACAUGACUCGUCAAUCCCAGAAUACUAUAUAACAAAAGGCGGUGUAAUAGAUGCAAAAGAUAAGAAUCAUGUCGAGUGGGGCAUACUUCCAUCGAAAGAGCAUGGUAUGUUUGGUUCAACCAUACUUUCUUGGUAUUUUGAAGGAAAGAGUUUUGUGGCUAUAUCUCAACCAAUGUUUGAUACAGUAUUUUUGUAUAUUGAGGAAUCCAGGCAAGUAAAGUUUCUCCUGAAGCUGAUAUUAAAUAUUAACAUUGAAUCCGGUAUUACUCCUAAUGGGUUUGGUACAUCUCUGUUGUUCAAUGAAGAAGAAAGUGCGUUAUACAUAUCAUCACCAGAGAGCUUUGAUGAAAGAGGAAGUAUAUGGAGAAUUGGAAUGAACGAGCUAUUACAAGCAGCAAAUCAUUCGAAGCGGAAAAGCUUUUUUAUUAAUAAUUUGAAAUAUCUUGUGCUCAUAAAUCCUGACAGAAAUAGCAAAGGUGUGACAGGUUUCGGAGAGACCAUGAUUUUUGGUCCCCAAAACCACCUUGUGGUCGGAAUUCCUCAAUAUGGGUACGGAAAUUUUGAUCGCAUGCAGCUGACUGGCAGAAUCUUGGUACUUUAA